AUGUCAUUUAUGGGGAUGCAUAUCGUAGCAGGAAAAGGUGUAAACUAUACUGGGAUAAACGAAUCAGGAUUAGAAAACCCAUUGAAUCCACUGUCUCUUUCUCAAGUGGCAAUUACGCGGUUGGUUGCCAAAGGAGCCAACUUAAUUCGCAUUCCCAUCUUGUGGGAGUCUAUCCAGCCGGCUUUUCAUGGAUCAUUAAAUGCUACAUAUUUGAGAGACUUGGAUACAGCUUUGGGUAUGGCUUUGGGCAACUCGAGCAGUGGUGUGGUUGCUGUAAUUGAUGUUCAUAAUAAUGCCACGUUUGGUGGAGUGACGUUUGGCAAUGGUGGAGCGAAUGUUGGUGCAUUUGGAGAUCUGUGGGGGAGGUUGGGCGGAUACUACCAGCAAAACUCAUCCGUCUGGUUUGGCUUGAUGAAUGCCCCAAAUAUGCAAACAGGAAACUGUAGCGAUUCGGUAGCUUGGCUGCCAUAUGCACAAAAAGCAGUGACAUCAAUUCGCCAAGCAGGUGCAGUCAACAAGAUCUUGAUUCCUUCUGGCCAGUCCAGUACAGCUGAGCAAUGGCAGGGCGUAUGUAAAAACGGAGAUAUCAUGAACCAGAUUGUGGACACUGCGUCCAACUAUGUAUUUGAUGUCCAACAGUAUUUUUCAUCAGAGACAGUUACGACAUACGGGAACUGUGGUAAAACUACUGCCGUGGUUGACGGAAUGACAGACUGGCUGAGAUUGUCAAAUCGAUCAGCACUUUUAUCAUCGUUUGCCGUGAAUUGGGACGAUGCGACCUGUGUUUCCAUGCUUUCCCAGUACCUACGGUAUUUUGAUACCAACAAUGAUGUAUGGCUUGGAUGGGCAUAUUGGUCUGGCGGACCACUAGUUCCCAAAACCACUGGAUAUUACUACAUCGAGUCACAGUCUAAUGCAACAGAUUCAAGCCUUCUCACAGUCCUAUCAACCUAUUUUGCCAAUCGAUCCACUGCUAGCUCAGGCACAACUGACGUAUCAGGUGGUGGAACGGCCAGUGGUGUUGUACUGAUUGUUUGUGUGGUUGUGGUGGGUGUUUCGCUGUUGAUAUGCUUGACAGUGAUUCUUGUUCUUCGAGCAAAAGCUAAGCGAUCCCCGACUCUCGCCAUGAUAGAAACGGAUUCGGCAGAAUACAAACCAGCCAAAAAACGAAUCAAUACAGAUAGGAAAAGCAUGAUGGAAGAGCGCGAACUAAGAGAUGCGGUCAAGAAAAUGAUGAUGAAUCAUAGCGUCCCUGCAAAAGAUAAAGCCAAAGGAAAGGCUGGGCACGCACAGAGUCGAAUGCGACUGGAUGCUGCUUCUGCGACAGAGACAUUCCAGGCCAAGAAUGUAAAUCUAAAAGAAACAGACUCGGGCCAAUUCAGUCAUUUUGUGAAUUUUACAAGUUCAAGGUUUCAGGUGGAGUCUCAGAUGCCAAAUAAUGACGAUAGUUAUUUAUUUUGA